AAUAUAAUGAGGAUGAACCGUUGAUACUUACAGAAUUUCUGAGACUGCAGCCUCGUCUUCAAUCAUUUUUAUUCUCUGGUUGGUUUGCAGGUUCAAUCAGCAUGGGAACAGCGGUAGGAGCCUUGAUUAUUUUUUUGCACUUUACUUCAUCUACUAUCACAGGGAUUUCCAGCGCACUUGAUACGUUAACUACGGAUCAAUCGAUGCAACGUGGCAAGAGCAUGGUUUCAGCUGGGGGGACUUUCGAACUAGGAUUCUUCAGCCUCCAUCAUCCCCCAAAGCGUUACCUUGGAAUAUGGUACAAGAAAAUAAAUCCCAUCAAAGUAGUAUGGGUUGCCAACAGAGUCAGUCCACUCACUGAUUCAUCCGGUACUCUGAAGAUCACUAGACAGGGAAGUCUCAUCCUUCUUGAUGGAAACGGGAGUGAAAUCUGGUCUUCCAACUCAUCAAUACCCUCACGUUAUCCAGUUGCUCAGCUUCUGGACUCAGGGAAUCUUGUUGUGAGAGACUUAGGCAAUACUGGUUCUGAUAAUUUCCUAUGGCAGAGUUUUGACUAUCCAACUGAUACUUUUCUGGCGGGGAUGAAGUUAGGAAGGAACAGAAUUACGGGCUUUGAUCGUUAUCUGACAUCUUGGAAGAGUGUAGAUGAUCCUUCUCCAGGUAAUUUCUCAUACCGACUUGACCCGAAUGGGUUUCCCCAGAUACUUCUGAAGCAGGGCUCCACUGUCAAGUCUAGGUUAGGACCGUGGAUUGGUGUCCGAAAUGGUGGAGUGCCUAAUUUGAACCCGAAUCUGAAGUACACAUACGAAUUUGUUCUGACUGAGCAGGAGAUGUACUGCCACUACCAAUUCCUCAACAGGUCAGUGAUAUCCCGUUUGUACUUGAAUCCAGAUGGUGUUGUGAAGCGCUUCACAUGGGAUGACCAAACACAGAAUUGGGUUCUAUAUCUUGUUGGACCAUCAGAUGUUUGUGACCUUUACACAUAUUGUGGAGCCUAUGCUAGCUGCAAGAUCAGUAUGUCCCCAGUGUGCAAAUGCUUGAAUGGAUUUUUACCAAAAGUCCAACAAAAUUGGAGUUCAUUGAACCAGAUUGGUUGCGUUAGGAUAAACGCUUUGGACUGUAAAAGAGACAUAUUUAGAAAGUAUUCUGGUUUGAAGUUGCCAGACACACGGAGCUCCUGGUUUGACAGGAGCAUGGAUCUUCAAGAAUGUGGAGAAGUUUGCAAAAGGAACUGUUCUUGUACGGCAUACUCUAAUCUAGAUCCUGAAGGUGGAGGAAAGGGAUGUUUGCUGUGGUUUGGGGACUUGACUGAUAUUAGAGAAUACGAUGAACAGGUGCAAGACAUCUAUGUUAGGAUGUUUGAUCUGGAUCCAGGUCACUCAAGCAGGAAGAAGGGGAAGCUGAUCUUAGGCUUGAUAUCUGGAACAUUGCUGCUAUUCCUAAGUCUCAGUCUGAUGGUGUAUGUUCAGAAAAAGAAGGCCGUGCUGAAGCACCUGCAAAUUAGACUUUUAACUCAGUUUUCUCUGGGGGGAAGUGGGAUAUGUACAUCACUGGGAGGAUCUGAAAAUGUGGAAUGCGCGGGAGAAGAUCCAGAGCUACGGUUAUUUGAAUUUGCCACAAUAGCUAAUGCUACAAACAACUUUACAACAGACAACAAGCUUGGAGAAGGUGGUUUUGGACCUGUCUACCGGGGUAUGUUGAAGAGCAAUCAAGAAAUUGCAGUGAAGAGACUUUCAAGGAGUUCAGGCCAAGGACUAGACGAAUUCAAAAGUGAAGCCUCACACCUUGCCAGGCUUCAGCACAGAAACCUCGUGAAGCUUCUAGGAUGCUGCAUUCAGAAAGAAAUGUUGCUGAUAUAUGAAUACAUGCCCAACAAAAGCUUGGAUACGUUCAUUUUUGAUCAGGAGCGGAGGAAGCUGCUUGAUUGGAGUAAGCGAUUUCACAUCAUCAGUGGAAUAGCUCGGGGUCUUCUUUACCUUCACCAAGAUUCCAGACUGAGAAUAAUUCACCGAGAUCUAAAAGCUAGCAAUGUCUUGCUAGAUUGUGAGUUGAAUCCUAAGAUAUCUGAUUUCGGGCUUGCUAAAAGUUUUGGAGGAAAUGAGACACAAGCAUGUACAAAGCGAGUGGCUGGAACACAUGGUUACAUGUCCCCUGAGUAUGCAAUUAAUGGAGUUUUCUCGGCAAAGUCGGAUGUGUUCAGCUACGGUGUUUUGAUGCUGGAGAUAAUUAGUGGGACAAGAAACAGAGGGUUCUCUCACUCAGAUCACCCUCAGAAUCUUCUUGGACAUGCGUGGAAACUAUUUCAAGAAGGAAGAUCUAUUGAAUUUGUUGAUCCGGUGGUCGGUAACUCAUGUAACGUAUCAGAAAUCAUAAGGACCAUGCACAUUGCUUUAUGUGUCCAGAAAUGCCCCGAGGACAGGCCAACCAUGUACAUGGUGAUUCUGAUGCUGGGAAGCGAUAUGGCACUGUCCGCCCCAAAAGAGCCUGUUUUCAGCGAAACAAAAGGGCCUCACGCAAAUGCUCGUGUAAGCCAGCCUGAACCAUGCUCUCCUAAUGAAGUUACCUUGACAGCAUUAUCCGCUCGUUCACUCAGCAGAUUCGCUGAUUUUGAGAACUUGACUGCUUCAAGCAGUAUGAAAGCUUUAGUGGCACUUUCCAUGUGUCUUGUUCUCUACUCUUGUAAUGCCCUUGUUUCCAAUGCAUUAGAUACCAUAACAACAAAUCAGUCGAUUCAAGACAACGAGAACCUACUUUCUGCUGGUGGGACAUUUGAUCUGGGGUUCUUUAGUGUGGGUGAUCCCCCAAAGCGAUAUCUGGGAAUAUGGUACGAGAAAAUAACCACAAUGACAAUAGUGGGGGUUGCAAAUAGAGUCGCACCCCUUGCGGAUGCAUCAAGUACUUUGAGGGUUACUAGCCACGGAAGUCUCGUCCUUCUUGACGGGAAUGGAAGUGACAUCUGGUUGUCAAACUCGCCAAUACUGAUGCAUAAUCCAUCAGGAAAUUUGGUUGUGAGAGAUGCAAAUGGCAGUGAUCCCAAUAAUUUCCUGUGGCAGAAUACAUAUCUAGCCGAUAUGAAGAUAGGAUGGAAUAGAACAUCAGGCUUCAAUCGUUAUUUAACAUCACGGAAGAGCAUUGGUGAUCCUUCUCCAGCUAACUUCACGUGUCCACUUGAUCUGAAUGGCUACCCACAACUCCUAUUGAAGGGUUCUGACAUCAAGUUCAGGUCAGCCUGGAAUCAUCUUCGAUGGAGUGGCACACCUAGUUUAAAUGCAAACCCAUUCUACAGGUAUGAAUUUGUGUUAAAUAAGGAAGAGUUGUACUACCGCUACGAGCUCCUCAACAGUUCGGUCAUUUCCAGGAUGAUAUUGAUGCCCAAUGGCAUGUUACAGCGAUUCACUUGGAUUGACAGCAGUUGGAUGCUUUACCUCACCGUGGCAAUAGACCAAUGUGACAACUGUGCAUCACGCGGUGCCUAUGGUAGCAGUGGGGUCGAUACUUCCCCACUGUGUAGCUGCUUGAAAGGCUUUGUGACCCGAUUUUCUCAAGAGUGGAAUUUUUUGGAUUGGUCAAAUGGGUGUGUGAGGAGAAAUCCUUUGGAUUGUGAAAAGGACAUAUUUGUGAAGUAUUCUUGGUUAAAAUUGCCGGAUACUCGGUCUUCCUGGUUUAACGAGGGCAUGAAUCUUCAAGAAUGCAAAGCAGUUUGCAUGAAAAAUUGUUCCUGUAUGGCUUAUUCGAGCUUUGACAUCCAUGAUGGAGGAAGUGGUUGCUUGCUGUGGUUCAGCAAGCCGAUUGACAUUAGAGAGUACAACGACUACGGGCAGGACCUCUACAUCUGCAUGGCUGCGUCAGAAUCAGGUUCAAUCAGCAUGGGAACAGUGGUAGGAGCCUUGAUUACUCUUUUGUACUUUACUUCAUCCUCUGUCACAGGGAUUUCCGGUGAACUUGACAUUUUAACUAUGCAUCAAUUGAUGCAACAUGGCAAGAGCAUAGUUUCAGCUGGGGGGACAUUCGAACUAGGAUUCUUCAGCCUCCAUUAUCCUGCAAAGCAUUACCUCGGAAUAUGGUACAGGAAAAUAAAUCCCAUCAAAGAGAGGUACUGCCACAACGAACUCCUCGAUAGGUCUGUGAUAUCCCGUUUGUACUUGAAUCCGGAUGGUGUUGUGCGGCGCUUCACAUGGGUUGACCAAACAAGAAUUGGGUUCUAUAUCUUGUUGGACCAUCAGAUGAUUGUGACCUUUACGCACAUUGUCAAGCCUAUGCUAGCUGCAACAUCAAUAUAUGCUGAAAGUGGAGGAAAUGGAUGUUUGCUGUGGUUUAGGGACUUGACUGAUAUUAGAGAAUACGAUGAAGGUGCGCAAGACCUCUAUGUUAGGAUGUUUGAUCUGGAUCCAGUAAAACGUUCUAUUUUCCUUGAUGUAGGUCAGAUAUGUACAUCAGUGGGAGGAUCUGAAAAUGUGGAAUGCUCGGGAGAAGAUCCAGAGCCACGGUUAUUUGAAUUUGCCACAAUAGCUAAUGCUACAAACUACUUCGCAACAGACAAGAAGCUUGGAGAAGGCGGUUUUGGACCCGCCUACAGGGGUAUGUUGAAGAACAGUCAAGAAAUUGCAGUGAAGAAACUUCAAGGAGUUCAGGCCAAGGACUUCAAAAGCGAAGCCUUACACCUUGCCAGGCUUCAGCAUAGAGACCUCGUGAAGCUUCUGGGAUGCUGCGUUCAGAAAGAAAUGUUGCUGCUAUACGAAUACAUACCCAACAAAAGCUUAGAUUCAUUCAUUUUUGAUCAGGAGCAGAGGAAGCUGCUUGAUUGGAGUAAGCGAUUUCACAUCAUCAGUGGAAUAGUUUGGGGUCUUUUUUACCUUUACCAAGAUUCCAGACUGAGAAUAAUUCACCAAGAUCUAAAAGCUAGCAAUGUCUUGCUAGAUUGUGAGUUGAAUCCUAAGAUAUCUGAUUUCGGGCUUGCUAAAAGUUUUGGAGGAAAUGAGACACAAGCAUGUACGAAGCAAGUGGCUGGAACAUAUGGUUACAUCCCUGCGUAUGCAAUAAAUGGAGUUUUCUCGGCAAAGUCAGAUGUGUUUAGCUUUGGCCUUUGGAUGCUGGAGAUAAUUAGUGGGACAAGAAACAGAGGGUUCUCUCACCCAGAUCACCCUCUUCUUGGACAUGCAUGGAAACUAUUUCAAGAAGGAAGACGGAUUGAAUUUGUCGAUCCGGUGGUCAGUAACUCGUAUAACGUAUCAGAAAUCAUGAGGACCAUACACGUUGGCCUCCUAUGUGUCGAGAAAUGCCCCGAGGACAGGCCAACCAUGUACAUGGUGAUUCUGAUGCUAGGAAGCGAUAUGGCACUGUCCGCCCCAGAAGAGCCCGGAUUUUUCAGCAAAAUAGAAGGGCCUCACGCCAAUGCUCGUGUAAGCCAGCCCGAGCCAUGCUCUCCUAAUGAAGUUACCUCGACAGCAUUAUCCGCUCAGUAGAAGAUGCUUUCACCAUGACCUCUGACCUCUCUGAUUUGAAGAAGAAUAUGUUCUAUGGCGACAUGUACACGUUGUGAAGAUGGCAAAGCCAAGUGCUGGAAUGUGAGAGAGUGGCAUCACCAAUAGGGUACACUGCAAACCAGAACAAUUCUUCCCCUCAAAUUGUUGCACAUUGUA